AUGCAAUAUUUUGAUUCAGAAAGUCAGGCUCAUACUUCGCAUGGAUCACAAAAUUUGUCUUCGUUUCCUAUGAGUUGUGAUGAUGGCAAGGAACAAAUCCUUGGUGGUUCUUCUUCAUCAAGGCCCAUCGGAGUGAAGAAGGCUAAAGUGAAGAAAAAGAAGUCUGAUAGCUCAGAAUCACUUAUUGUUGCUCUAGAAAAACAAAAUGAGCGAUAUAAUGCGGGCAUGAAACAAGCAAAUGAUAAUUUGGGUAUGUUUUUUAAACAACAAAAGAAAAACCAUGAUCUCAAAACUACGAAUGAUGAAAAUAAAAUCAUGGCUAUGGGCUUGAGCUCUAUAGUCGAUCUUGAUAGUCGUGCUUAUUUUCAAGCCGAGAGAAGAUGGAUUUUGCAUUUUAACAAAAAAGAGCUCAACAAGAAGAACAACCAAAUGACUAUACGCAACUAG